UUAUAGCAGCAGCUGUGAUGGACUUGUGGUCGGAAAGAUGCUCGGUCGUUAUGUGACAUAUAUGCUUGCUCUACAGGGAGCAGCCAGAACCCAGGAGAAUCCUGCGAGUAUUGACUCGGUAAAAUCACACCAUAGAGCGAAAGCCGCGAGGUGGCUAUGUUGACAAGAGGAGCGAUGCGGGAGGUCGGGAGUCGUGCAUUAAAUAUCAGAAAAUUCAUUAACAUUUGUGGAAAUUAAACAUAUGGUGCAAACGGAUAAGAAACUUGUGAAUUUAAUCAGAAUAAAACCAAGAUAAAUCAAAUCUUGAUUCCCACUGGCCAUUAUAUAUUUAUCGAACUAAAACUGGACAGUUUUCGUGCAUGCUCUUAUUACCGGGUACAUGUUGUUCUGCUUUGCAGUAGGAGAGGAUAUUUCCUAUCAUUGAAGACUUCUUAUACUUUUGGAUUAGUUGAUUUGAAGGAACGUUCUAGUAAAGGAUAACACCUACUACUUCGUCAACUGCGAAGAAAUGGGAUUUCAAUUUACCACAAAGGCAGGAUUUUUGAUCUUUCCAUGUCUGAGCACGGAAGAAAUGACCUGAACAAAAGUGACGUAAUGAUCCUAGUACAAAUUUCGCGUUCACCUUAUAUAUAAUUUGCAAUGUCGACGGUGGGAUCCGACGACGAAGCGUCGGAUGAGCAAACUCGUCUCCUGGAAUCGGCAGAGGAGGCUGCAGCCGAGGUUGAAUCAGGUGACUACGCCUACGAUUACGCUCCAAUGAAAGAAGUCUACAAAAUUCUAAUCGGAAUUUGUUCAGUUGUUGUGAUAAUUAUUCUUUCAAUUGCUGUAUAUCCCUCAAGGACACCGCAAGGUGGCAGCACCAGUGGCGGAAAUGACGUGAGUAACCUUGAGAGUGUAUCUGAAGGUCAAACGAAGGUCAUAACAAAGAAGCCCCACAUCGUUUUUGUUACUGCCAGUGGUUUAGGCUGGAACGACGUUGGAUGGAGAAACUGGGAAGUAAGGUCACCUAAUCUGAACCGUCUGGCAAAAAAGGGCGUGGUCUUCAAUUGGUCAUAUGUUGAGGAUGCAGAUGAACCGACCCAGGAGGCCAUUUUGUCCGGUUUAUAUCCACAUUUUUCCGCAGCAAAUUGUUUGCCGCGAAACGCUACAUUCUUACCAAAUGUUCUGAGAGGUGCUGGUUAUAAAACACACAUGAUCGGGGCUUGGAAUAUAGAACAUAAAAAUGUCAGUUUUCUACCAAAUGAUAUUGGAUUCGACUCAUAUUUUGGCUCCAUAGGCAAGGUAGAUUAUUAUAAUCAUAGAAACUCGUAUUCAAAUCAUUGGGAAAAUGCCAAACAAGUCGAUGGCUAUAACGGGACAUUUCUUACGGACGUCUUUGCGGAUCGUGCUGUGCAGAAGAUACGAGACCAUGUUGUUGGCAAAGACAACAGUCCGCUAUUCCUUUAUCUGGCGUUCCAAGCCAUCGCAGAGCCAACCUCGCCUCCAGUGAUGUAUAGAAUGCCAGAGAACCAUCCAAAUGUCUGGAAAAAACGGCGGAGAGUUUAUGAAAUGAUCUACGCUCUGGACAGUGCAGUUGGUAGAGUGUUGGACGAAAUCCGAUCUUCCGGUAUCGACGAAGACACUAUUUUCAUCUUCAGUACUACAAGUGGUGCGGCUGUGGACGAGGCUGGUUCCAACUCUCCAUUGCGUGGAGGGAAGUUUACCCAAUGGGAGGGCGGAACACGUGCCACGACUAUAAUGCGGAGCGAGAAACUACGGAACAGUACCCUGUACAGCGGUCUAUUUCACGCCGUGGAUUGGUUAGCCACCCUCUCGUCUGCUGCAGGGAUGACGCCAAAUCUAAAUGUCACCGAUGGCGUAGACUAUUGGAGCCUUUUAGUUAACGACUUUGCCAACAGAUCUGUGAUCACCAAAGGUCAAAAUGUCAAAGUCAUUCGGAGAGGGCGGUAUAAACUCAUCAUCGGGAACCCAGUUCGGGCCGAUUAUAAAGGAAGGGUGUUGUCAAAACUUAAUAUAACAGACAUGAAUUUGAAUUGUGUUUUCAAUGCGCGUAAAUACUUCGCGAGCGAUAAGUGCAAGGAUUUUAAUUUUGAUUUGAGCAAUGCGACUCUAUUGUUUGACCUCUACGAUGACCCAGGCGAACUCCAAGAUAUUUCAAUGAGUCACCCCCGUAUUUUGCAAGACUUGAAACUCGAACUUUCGAAAGUUUUUGAAGAUUGUGUUCUUUCUGACGGGCGAAGUCUUCCAGUGGCGGCCACACCGGGGGCUUAAACACACGCCAAGUUACGAUCAUCACAUCCACGGAGUAGAAAUUGGCUAUCUUUGAAAAUUCGUGGAAGGCCUACCAGAGAAUCUGAAUUCAUGUAGUUUCUAUAUGUCCCACGAAAUAUAGAAGACAUUUCAGCAGAAAGGACAGUUGAUAAUGAAAAAAUAAGAUUAUACUUCAGUAGUUUUUGAAACUCAGUUUUCUAUUUUUGAAAUAGUGCGCAUUUCAAAAGUUCAGUUUUUUCGAGACCAGUCGAAUUAUAUCUUUAUUUCAGGAGGCCCUUUUUCAGUCGAGUGGGGGGGGGGCGAUUAAGCUCCUGUGGUCACUCUAAAACUGUCUCUGGGAUAUUCUAUUACCAAGGGAAUAAAUACGAAUUUAAUGAGCUGGGAAGGGGCAUGUGCCAAAACCCAAAAAUGUAUACAUAUACAUGUAUUCAUUCACGGCAAAUUUCGGUACGUUUCAAGCUGGUGCACGACAAAAGAGGUGUUUUGCCCAGACUACAGGGAUAAGUUGUGUGAUAUAGAUCGAUAGUCAUUCAUCAGUUUUGGAUUUUAUUCAUUAGACAAUAAAUAAUAGCCUAGCACCAUAACAAGCCACCCGCAU